AUGGAGGCGGCGGCCGCUGGGAGCCAGCAGCCCCGCGGCUCAUCGACCACGUGCAGGCCGCGUGUGAGCGAGCUCACAGAGGCUGGAAACCUGGCAGGCGUCCAGCACAUCAUCCUCGUGCUCUCAGGAAAGGGGGGCGUCGGGAAAAGCACCAUCUCCACGGAGCUGGCCUUGGCCCUGCGCCAUGCAGGCAAGAAGGUGGGGAUCCUCGACGUGGACCUGUGUGGUCCCAGCAUCCCCCGCAUGCUUCGGGCACAGGGCAGGGCCGUGCACCAGUGUGACGGCGGCUGGGUGCCCGUCUAUGUGGACCAGGAGCAGAGCAUCUGCCUCAUGUCCGUGGGCUUUCUGCUGGAGAACCCCGACGAGGCCGUGGUGUGGAGGGGGCCCAAGAAGAAUGCGCUGAUAAAGCAGUUCGUGUCGGACGUGGCCUGGGGGCAGCUGGACUACCUGGUUGUAGACACGCCACCGGGGACGUCUGAUGAGCACAUGGCCACCGUGGACGCCCUGCGUCCCUACGGUCCCCUGGGGGCCCUCGUGGUCACCACACCCCAGGCGGUGUCCGUGGGGGACGUGAGGCGGGAGCUGACCUUCUGUAGGAAAACAGGGCUGCGGGUGCUCGGGGUGGUGGAGAACAUGAGCGGUUUCGUCUGCCCACACUGCGCGGAGUGCACCAGCAUCUUCUCCCGGGGAGGCGGGGAGGAGCUGGCCAGUCACGCCGGAGUCCCCUUCCUGGGCUCUGUGCCCCUGGACCCAGAGCUCACUAAGAGCCUAGAGGAGGGUCGAGACUUCAUCCGGGAAUUUCCUGAGAGCCCAGCCUUCCCUGCGCUCCUGUCUAUAGCCCAGAAAGUUCUGACCGAGGCGCCUGCUCGCGUCCCCUGA